CGAGGAGGGGAGAGGAGAGGAGCGGAGAGGAGAAAGGCGGGGGCGAGGGGGGCGGCAGGGGGGCGGUCGCGCCGCCUUUCAAAGCUCCGGCGCCGAGGUCACCGCGACGGCGGCGGCCCCGGUGUGGGGGAACGGUAUGGAAGGAGCUGGGGUGCUGCUGGCCCGCUGCCCCGCCGGCGGGCUGGGCGUCACCGUCUGCGCGGCCGCCGCCGGGCUGCUGCUCUACCGCAUGGCGCGGAGGAAGAAACCCACCCACGUGACAGUGAACUGCUGGUUCUGCAAUCAGGACACGGUGGUGCCAUACGGGAAUCGAAACUGCUGGGACUGCCCCAACUGUGAACAAUACAAUGGGUUCCAAGAGAAUGGAGACUACAACAAGCCCAUCCCUGCUCAGUACAUGGAACACCUUAAUCAUGUUGUGUCAGGUGCUACAACUUUCUGUGAUCCUACCAAACCACAACAGUGGGUGAGCAGCCAAAUUCUGCUUUGCAAGAAAUGCAACAACCAUCAAACCACAAAGAUCAAACAGUUGGCUUCAUUUUCACCAAGGGACGAGGGCAAAUAUGAUGAGGAGAUUGAGGUGUAUAAACACCACCUGGAGCAGACCUACAAGCUGUGCCGUCCAUGCCAGGCUGCUGUGGAGUAUUACAUCAAACAUCAGAAUCGGCAACUCCGGGCGCUGCUGCUCAGCCACCAUUUCAAACGCCGUGAGACAGACAAGACCUAUACUCAGAAUUUGUCUUCAUCCUUCUCUUCUGCUUCCGUAACCACACCAGCUCAGGUCAUAUUUCUGCGGUUCUUGGCCUUUCUCAGCUGUGCAUUCCUGGUUCUGAUGGCCUUGUAUGGGUCAGGCAACCCCUUCUCAAUCAGUGCAGCAGUCUCUGCCCCUGUCUCCUCUGAUCCAGCAUCCCUUCAGAACAGGACUGUCACCAGCUCACAUGCAAACUUGGAAAAUGACACUUCUGUGCCAGUGGCAGGCUGGCAGGAGCUGCUCCACCUGCUCCCAGAGAAGAUGGUGGAAAACCUGAGUGCUGCAUGGGCUUAUGGGAAGAAUCACCAGGUAGCAGUGGCUGUCCUUGGGCUGUUCACCUGCGUGUUGGCCAUGUUCUUAGCUGGACGGAUCAGGCUCCGGCGGAUCGAUGCGUUUGCUUCAGUCCUGUGGCUCAUAGUGAUGAGUCUGCACGUAGCUGAGAGGUACCUGAAGACAGAAACACCCAGCUGGCUUGACACAGCCAAGUUUGGCACCACCUCCUUGUGCUGCUUGGUGGGCUUCACUGCAGCAGUGGCAACACGGAAGUCAUCGGGCCAUCGGAGAUACCGGCCCCGAAGGUACCUCUCUGGGGAUUCGAUCAGUCUCUUUCCCAACGGCACUGGGACUUCCUUCCCAUCCUCUGCUACAUCUGUCUUUGUCCCAACGCCACCCAGUAUUGUCCACCUGACAAACCAACAGCUUCUCAGAUCCCCACGCAGAACUUCUUCUUCCUCCCUUCCUGGUCGUCUCAACAGGGCACUCUCCCUGGGCACCAUCCCCUCCUUGGCCAGAGCAGAUUCUGGCUACUUGUUCAGUGGAAGUCGACCAGCCUCACAGUCAUCUCAGUCCAAGGAAUCUCCAGCAUCAGAACACUUCUCCCUGCUGUCCAGCAGCUGUGCUCCCUCCCGUAUCCCCUCUCCAGCACCGUCCGUAGCCGGCUCUGUGACUUCCAGCUCAGGUUCCUUGCGGUACCGCCGGCCACUCAUCAGCCCUGCCCGCCUGAACCUGAAAGGACAGAAACUGCUGCUUUUUCCAUCUCAGAAUGAAGCUCUGCUCACCCCAACUAGUUCAGAGGAGCACACCCACUCAGACAGCAACAUCUUUGCCACCGAGUUGUCUUCCUUUCCAAAGAAGAACCUCGGCGAGCGGGGAAUGCACGAUAUGAGAUCUGCUGUGGAAGGAGGGAGCAUUUGCAGUGAAAAUUCCAUUAAAAAGGAGGAUCAUUCAUCACACUCAUCUACCUGUCUCGUUGACACAACUACCAAAGGGGAAGAAUUGGCAAGCUGGCGAGGUCAUUUUGGUAAUUCUGCUCUUCGAGGUCUGCUGGCUGUGAGCCUGACUCUCAAUGCCAUCUUCACAUCAGCCUAUGUCUACCGGAGCCUGCGCUGAUUUGUGCCAACACUUCCUUUCUUUCUGGUUCUACCUGCUUCUGAGGAGACAAGAAGAAUUCAACCACAGGUCCAUGUCCAGAGUUCAUGCCGUUGGUGCAUGCUGUUUUUUUUAAAGAGCUACUGUGUGCUCAACUUGUCAUGGCAAGGAACCCAGGUAGCUGCUGCCAUCACUUCCAGGUAGAACGUAUUACAGGAUUGUCCCUUGGAGGUGGCAGGCAGAAUUCCCAGAAAGUUCCAUUUCAAUUCAAGAGGCCAGUCAAAUGGCCCAUGCACUUUUUCACAAAGGAACUGACCAGAGACACAGGCCUGAAAAUGUUUAAGCUACGUUUUUAAGAACUUAUCCCCACAUCUUCUUUCUGACAUAACCUCGUGCUGAUGGUGCUGGUAAAAUGAGGAGAAGUAGAACAAAUGAGCUGGAGAAGAGAGGUGGCUUAGUAGCUGGUGCUGGGCUUUGGCUACUGUAACAACAUUCCCAGCCUCUUUGCCUAGUGAUUCCUCUUCUUUCUUUCCUUUGGCACUCUCCUCUAUAUUAUCAGUACAUUUUCUUAAGUUGCCUUAAGCUUGCUUAAGCAUAUGGAUGACCUUGGCUGGUUUGUCAUAUUCUUGCAUCUUGUAUCUCUCUGUGCUUCUACUUGGGCUGCGCCCUGAGGGUGCUGUCACCAGCUGGCAUUUGGUCAUACUGGUUCUCAGAAACUGCUGUUUAUACAUACCCCAGCAGCACUGUUGGUGUAGGUAUGCACACACCCCAGAUAGACAUCCUUUUGUAGUUUGCAUUAGAAAGAGAAAGCCUGUGCUUUGCUUUACCCAAGAGACAUUAAUUCUUUACAAUUAAUUCUGUAAUAAGAAAGGAUCCCUGCAUGAUUUGCACCACAGUCAAAAGGCUUCAGCUCACAACUCUGACCACUGUUUUUUUUUCACUGAAGCAGCAAGUGACAUAGCUUGUUCUUGCUCAAAAUUGCACAAAUCUAUUCUGUUAGAAGAUAUAUAAGGAGCUGUCUGAUUGUAUACAUUUAUCCAGAAACCCGAUGCCUCAGUCUGGUACUGGGAUUUGCUAAGUAACCAAUUAAGGUAUUUCUUAAUUAGUUAAAUGCCAAGGUGGUCUCAGUGAGAAAUGCUAAAAUUGCUUCUGGACAAUUCAGCCUUCUGGAUAGAUUCUUCUUUUCUAGUCCAAUGGAGAAGUAGCCCUAGAUUUUCAAAAGUAGUUUAUAAUUUGGGCACUUCUGCUUUUGACUGAGUCGUCAGCAUCACUUAGAGUUCAGGGGUCAUUUAAGAGAAAUGUGCUGAAUACUCUUUUAGUAUGAAAGAACCCCCUUGAUUUUUAUGUUUUGAUUCUUAAAUCCCAAGUCCAGAGAGAAGAUUUACCACUGUGUUGAGGUUACCUGGUGAAAUGAGAGCCACCUGACAUUAGCUAUGUAUUUCCUGACUAGUAAGAGGACUGACUAAUAAGAGUUUUCCUAUUGUCUCUUCCUUUGGGUCGUUACCCCAAACUUCCUUUCUCUUUCCUCUCCCUCACCCCACUGUCAAUGUUAUGCUUAGUGUGUCUUUCCCCCCUUUUAGUUCUGCUGCUGCUCCCUCUGUUGUACUCUUGCAUGUGCACAGAAGCAAAGUGUCUCUCUGCACUGAACCUGAAAUCACACCUCAGAGUGAUGAUCACCCUUCCUUUCAGACAGACUCUGCCCACUCCUGCUGACUGGGGUGGCUGUGGAGAAGUCAUCCCUGACUCUGCAGUUUGAGUGUUGGUAAAGAUACAGAGCCUAAAUCCAGGAGAGAGACCUGCAGCAGAGACAUGUGCUGCAGCUUGGUGAUUAAUUCUUUUUGUAACUUGCAUGAAUUGCUCCUCAUAGCCAAACGUGAUCUGUAACCUUGUGUUAAGGGAUUUUUGUCCCUUUUAUAUAAACUUCUGCAUGCUCGCUUGAGCAUGUAUAGACACACUAGGCCAGCUUACAAGCUUCUGUCCAGACCUUUGCUCUUUGAGUUUGAUGAUUUCCAGGUGCAGUGUGAUGUCCCAUUCAUGGAUCCUUGUCCUGACUUCCAGCAUACCUAGGGGCCUUCUAUGCAGAGACAAGACUGCCAGACAAUAUUGUGGGUUUCCUUGUCUUUGUUAUGCCAACAGAUGUGCACUGUGACUUCAUGUGUACAAACUUUCCACUUUCACCUCCCAGUCUGCCCUGAAUUUUACCAUUCUCCCUCACGUGAAGUACAAGUUGGUCUCUGUCUCUACCAGAUUGCACUACAAAGUUUCACCUCCUUUCCAGCAACCAAGGAGCUGCAGCCCCUCAACACACCUCUUUUGCUUAUACUGACUUCAGCCUGUCCCUGCAAUUCUAAAUCUGCUUACUGAAACUGUUCUUUGAAGAGUAUUUGGUGACCUUGUCCAAAACAAUAUAAGACUUUGGAUUUUAUUGCUGAAGAGGGAAGACAAUGAACUUUUUCAUUCUGGUGCUAGAACAUUCUCCAGUGGUGCUUUCACAGUUUUAAAGCCUUUGCUUGAAAAGUACACACGAGUAUAAGUGUGUGUGUGUGUGUCUGUGUGUGUGCAAAUGUGUGCAAAUGUGUGCAAAUGUGCAACCAUAUGUAUAAAAACAUUUGGAGUGUUUGUUCAUUUCAAAAGGUCUGAUCCCAUGUUUGUCUUUAUAUUGUUGGCCUUAAUCUAGCUCUUAGAUACUGUGUCUAUGUUGCUGCUGUUUUCUAUAUGAAGCUGGGUAGGAGGAAGAAAGAGUAUCUGGUCCCCCUGUAGAAAUCUUUGUUACUGAUGAUGUUAAUUCAGGGGUGAACUUUUAUUUUUCUAAUAUUUUUCCUACUGUAAAAACUGUUGGAAUGUAUGGAAUGGAGAAGAUCUUUACAAAGUGGUCUGAUAAAGGUUUGACCAUUACUUUAAUGAUACCAACAAUUAAUGAUCAGCUGGGAUAUAAAUGAGCUCUAUUUCCAGACUUUUUCCAUUACAUACCUUCAUUUGAAAAUGUCCAGGUACUUUUUCUUUGGAUAGGGGCUUGUUCUGAGACGUUGCAGAGACUUUUGAUGAUUUUGCUGAUCCAAAUUAGGAUGAAGCUGGAUUCUAGAGUGUGGUUCCAGUUCUGCAGUCUGGGUAUUUUGGCAGAUACAACUGUUGGCAGGUAUCUAUUUGAUGUAAUAGAGAACCAGUAGAGUGAGUUGCUGAUUUCUGAAGUUCAUCAUAUCUUUUUACACAAAAUCUUAGACAUGAAAUUGGUCACUGUGGCAAUGUGGGGAAAAAAAUUAUUGCUGGCAUAUGUAGGCCAGAUUCACUGAAUUUUAGGCUGUCUGCUCAAGCAACCAAUUUGGCCUGUGAAUGUUUAAUUCCUACUGCCUGUUCUUGGGUGAUAGGAACAUCUGUAAAACACUGCUGAACUGGUGUGGUACCUUAAAACAGGGCAGCUGGAAUCAAGGGCUUGUGUUGCCUGUGGAUGCUGCUAUAUUUUUUCUUCCAGUCACCAUUCCUGGAAAUAAUUAUUGUCCUAACCUCUCUCACAGACAUUUAUUAGAAGGCUAAAAAGGGCCUAUUUGGCCAAUACUACUUGCUUUUAAUUUCAAUAUACAUUGCAUCCGGAAAUUAUCAUCACUGUCCUGUGGUGGGAGUAAGGGACAGGGUACUUUUGGAUGGAGUGGGUAUCUAGAUAGGAUGAGGAGGACAAUUUUGAUUCCUAAACUUUAUUUCCUGUGAAAAAAAUACUUGUAUGUCAUAUGUGUAUACCUGUUUGGGGAGCUCUAACACUGUACAGUUUAGUUAAAUGCGCUCCAAGGGAGGAGGAGCAGUUCCUCAGAGGUUUUUAGUUCAUGCUUUGUGUUUAAAGAGGAAUAUUUUUCUUUAAAAAAUAAAAAUGGAUAAGUUUUCACCUUA